AGCACAUGUCUCUGCUGUCAAACCACGAGUCGCGAACUGAACAUGUUCCGCAUAUGAGAGAUGUAGUCACACCGGAACAAUUCGUUGCAUUCGGCCGGACGGAAUCUCAGCAAAUCAUUUCACUUCCGCCAUCUCGACAUGUCUCGCGCCGCUCAACCAGGCGCUGCGCCUCGGGAUUCGCGAUUGGGCAAUGGCGAAGGGAAAGAUGAUAUAUGCCCGGUGUGCAAAAGUAGUCGCUAUAUGAAUGUCAAUCUCAAGCUCCUCAUCAACCCAACAUGUUACCAUAAAAUGUGCCAGUCCUGCGUUGACCGCGUGUUUCUCCACGGUAAAGCGAACUGUCCGAUCCCAGGUUGCAAGCACACCCUGAAAAAGAGCGGCUUCCGGACGCAGACUUUCGAAGAUCUCAAGGUCGAGCGCGAGGUCGACAUCCGGAAAGAGGUAGCCGCGGUCUUCAACCGCCGUGAGGACGAUUUCGAAAGUCUGCGCGAUUACAACGACUACCUAAACACCGUAGAGGACAUCAUCUUCAACCUCGUGAAUCUCGUCGAUGUGGAAGCUACAAAGCGCAAAUUCGAGCAGUACAAGGUCCAACACGAGAAAGAGAUCAAGGAGAAUGCAUCGUUGGCCGAGCAGGAAGCUCUGCAGAGCCAUGCCCAGCACAAAGCCGAGCGCGAACAAGCUCGACAGCGACGAGAAGCGGCUCGGAGGGAGGAGGCGGAAGAGCGCAGGGAAGUAGAGGAGAACCGGCGAGACGUCUUACGACGUCUAGAGAGAGGACAAGAUCCCGCCAAAGUCGCCAAGGAAGGCCAACAGAUCGCGCUCCGGCGACGACAAGACCGCCAGAUCGGCGCGGAGCCGAAGCCCCAACCCCACGGCGACCCAUCGUCUCACGUGGGCGAGGAUGCCGGCGGGCUCGCAUUCCGGGGUCUGCGAACGAGACAGAAGGCCGAGCCCGAAGGCCCGGUCGACCCCUUCGGUGGCAUCACCUUCCACAAGCGAAAGUACUUCACCCCCCAGGACGACUACGUAUGGGACGCGCUGCAGGUCUCGAGGAAGGACCCGCUCAUCGGUGCAGGAGGCUACAGUAUACAAUCCUAUACAAACCGGGCGUUGUGCGAAGCAUUUCUCGGACUCGGGGUGUUUGUCGCAGACGAGGCGUCCGAGCGGCAGACGGCGAAGAUUGACGGCGGCGCGGUCGGGACGGCUCGGGCGCAGAUUGGAGUUCGGACGAUGCAUGUGGAAAAUCAAUUCUAGGAAGGUCUUCUCAGCUCCGGUUGAGGGAGGAUCGUGUGAAUUUUGGAACGAGCAUAUGAGGCACCUUGUGGGGUUAGCGUGGCGUUGGUGGUUUUCAGGGGCUGGGUGGUCAAGGAAAUCCGGAUGUAAACUCGGGAAGGUCAAGCGGUCUGCUCAGGCGAGACAUCAAAGGAUAACAGGCUUGAGGAGGGAGAACCUUUCAGGAAUGGUCUGGGUAAUUCAUAAUUUUAUUUUACUAAGUGCAAUGACCUUUCAAUACAAUGAGCAUCGUUCCCGCCUUAGCAGUGGCAGCUUUCGGACUCAAUCUGGCAUGCCUUCAUAGCUUUCACACAGUCUUCUGCCCGUGCUGCUCUCCGGUCCUCUCUCCAAGAUGCAAUUUGUACAUCAUAUAGUCUGAACACCGCCUCAAUGAUCAUCAUGAUCGGAUUCUCGCGGCCUUGAACCUGCUAACUUUCUUCACUCUGCCAUCCCUCUCC